AUGGAGACCCCCUUAACUUCUGAGAGUAAUGCACUUCAGACCCGUAGAGGGAAACGCCAUCGCAUCGACCUCGCCAGCCCGCAAUUCGAAGAUCAACUGAAACGAGCAAUUGACUUGAUCGCUAAUGAUCAGUCACUGCCUCCACAUUUGAAGGCGGCUAUGGGCUACCUCUUCGAAAUCAGGAACGAGAUGAAUGAAGUCUUGGCAAGGAAUGCGCAGCUAUUAGAGGAGAAUAGGCUAGUUAAGGAAAAGAACUGUAUGCUGCAGAGUGAGAUCGAUUCUCUUAAGUCUCAAAUUAAUGUUCUCAAAAAAUCGCUAUCUGAUGAUCCUCCCCAAUCGAAGGAGGGCCCUAAUGAAUCUUCUUCUCUCGCGUUUGAAGAAAUUGAACGUAGGCGAUCUGUAGUAAUAGCUGGUGUUAGUGAAUGUGAUUCUAAUGUAUCCUCUGUAAGGGUUUCAUAUGAUAUUGCCUGUGUACGCAGAAUUAAUGAUUUUCUCUCUAUCGAUUCACACCCAGUCAGUGUUUACAGGAUGGGUAAAUAUAUGGCCGGUAGACCUCGCCUUCUGAAGGUUGUAUUUCCUUCUUCUUUUUUCUCAUCACUGCUCCUUAGAAGAGCGCCACGAUUGAGAUUUUUCCCCGAGAAGGGGAUCUUUAUCAGACCUUCGUUACCUCUUUCCGAGCGAAAACGUUUUAAAGUUUCAAACGGUAGUAGUGUCGUUCCUAGUACCUCUCCUGUUACUCUGUCAUUGUCUUCCGCACUUUCUCUGCUCAUAAAACAAAAGAGCCCCGAUAUUGUAGGAAUAACCGAGACAUGGCUCAACCCCACCAUAAGCCUAGCGUCCCUUAUUCAUGCAGAUUUAGGUCCUUAUAGCGUUAUGAGGUGUGAUCGUCUUACAAAACGUGGAGGAGGAUUGGCCCUGUUUAUAAAGAACGUUUUUUCACCUAUGACCGUCUUCUCUGAAUCACUGGCAAAUGCAUAUGAAAUUUUAUGUUGUGAUUUCUGUAUCAGUCAAUUCGUUGACAUUGCAACGUUGAAUGGGAGGACCCUUGACUUGGUUUUGUCCAAUGAAGAGAGCUUGAUCGAGAACCUGGAAGUAUGCUCACCCAUUGGUGGCAGUGAUCACGCAUCUAUUAUAUUCACUAUCAACGCUCAUAUACUAAAGGACGAAGCAAUAACCAGGAGGGAUUUUGGUAAAGCGAAUUAUGAGAACAUUGUAUGCCACCUUGCGAGUAUUGAUUGGCUUGGUUCUCUAAAUUGUGCAAGCACGGUUGACGCGAAAUAUGAACUGUUUUUGGGCAUUCUCAUGGACUGCAUUGAACGUUACGUGCCAUUAGUAGAGAAGUCGCUUGGAGGUUCAGCCUUACCUCCGUAUCUUGCUAAUCUGACCCAGAGGCGUGAGCGGGCAUGGCAUAAGGCACGGAUGACUAAGAACUCGGCCGACGAAAGGGAGUUUGAGAGACUAAAUAGAAAGUUAGAAAAGAAACUCAAAAAAUUUAAUACAUCAGUCGAGAAAAAA